GAGGAAUCAGCUUCCAAUAAUAUCAUGUGAUGCUGAUCAAGAACCAAUGCUGCAAGCCAAUAUCGAAGGAAAACCCAUUUCUCUCAUGCUCGACACAGGGGCAACGUACUCAUGUUUGAAUCCAAGAUAUGCUUCGCACCUCCCCAUGUCCGGAAAAUAUAUAAAGACAGUAGGAUUCUCGGGAACAACUCAGCUACUUCCUAUGACAGCCCCUGUGAGCAUAAGCCUGAAAAACACUGAAAUUAGAAUACCAAUAUUAGUCUCCGAACACACACCUGUAAAUUUGUUAGGUAGGGAUGCCAUAUGUAAAUUAAAAAUGCAGAUAUGGUGUACACCAGAGGGAAUUUAUAUAGAUGAUAGGGCAAUGAGACAAAUGAAUGUUUCAACAUCACAACAAGCACAAGAACCAUGUGCUAACAUGUAUUGGUUAGGAGAUUUAAAAGAAGAUGUAGAAAAAACAAUUAGUAAAUGGGGAAGAUAUAUAAGGGAACAGCUAUGUGAACCAAGCUUACCAAAAACUGAAUUUCAUUGUACUAUGAAGUAUGAUGAAAGCAAAAAUCCAGAUUUUGAAAAGAAAUGGCUAAAAGACACAAAAGGAUUGAAAAUCCCCAUGAUAUCACAAAGCAUAAUAAUAGGACCCAAAGGUGUAGCUCUGCAGAUAGACAGGGAAAGAUUCAUAGAUGACUGGUUCGCAGUACCUAACUCAGUGCCACAUGUUACAUUAUAUGUAAAUAAAGAUUGUCUCUCUAAAGAUUUAGGACCCAUGAUGAAACGAGCAGAAAAAAGCAAGUGGGAAGCCACAGAAAAUCCUCUAAUUUUCCAAAUAGCGGACAAAGAAUAUCUUAAGAUUUUGUGUGCUACUCCAAUGAUAGGUGUCCCCAGAAUGGUAAUAAACACAAGAGUUGAGCCAAAAGUUAAAGAACAUCAAACAAAGCAAACUGAAUUGUUAAAAGACAUGGAGAGACAAGUACCAUUAGAAUUAUGGUCUCAACAUGACACAGAUGUGGGGUUAGUAAAAUCAGCCAAUCCAAUUAAAGUAGUACUUAAACCAGGAGCUAAAGUACCCAGAAAAUUGCAAUACCCUUUGAAACCAGAAGCAGUAGAGGGAAUAAAAAAGACAAUUGAAGGACUAAUGAAAGCAGGAGUGCUUGUUGAAACUACUAGUUAUUGUAACACCCCAAUAUUGCCAGUAACUAAAGCAGAUAAAUCAAAGUGGCGUCUGGUGCAUGAUCUGAGAGCAGUGAAUGAGGUUGUGGAGGAUUGGCCAGCUGAAGUUCCAAACCCGCAUACGUUGUUAACCAAUGUUCCAUCUGUUGCUAAUUAUUAUACUGUAAUUGAUCUUUGUUCAGCUUUUUUCAGUGUUCCCUUAGCCGAGGAGAGCAGACCUUUGUUUGCGUUCACCUAUCAAGCCCCAGAUGGAUCAUUCACCAAAGCUAUGGAGAAACUGAAAAACCUGAGAGAAGAAGUGACCAAAAACGCUGGAGCAGACAUGCAAAAUUGGGAUUGGUUUAAUUCAUUUUUUGGGACAAUGGGACAAUGGUUAACUAGAGUGGGCAUCAUAGUUGGCAUUGCUGUUGUUGUGUUUCUUUUGUUGUUUUGUUGUAUUAUGCCUUUCAUCAGAUCAAUGCUGGCCAAUGCUGCAGCCAAACAGAUGAUUAACGUAUCGGUAAAGCCAGCUGGAGUUGAUAUUGGAUUGACCAACAUGUAUACAGUGGGACCUGGACUGGAUGAACUGGACGACUUUGAGUAACACCUUCCUGAAAUAACAACAGAAUAGUAGGGAAGGAGUGCCUUUUGUUUUUCUAUUUUGUUAUUUUUGUAUUUUCUUUUCUUAUAAUGUAGUAGUAUUAGAAUAUGGGGAUAGAGUUAGAGGUUGUUAUUUUGUUUUGGCAUAUGCUCCUUCCUGAAGUCAUUUUAAUCCUUAAAGUCAUUAAUUUGUGAAAUCAUUUAUCAUAUGUUUUGAAAUCAUUUAUUUUAAAGCUUCUAAAUAAAUCAAAUGUAAAAAGUGAUUAUUUUUGGAAAAGAAAAGGGAAUGUUAAAGGUUUUAAGCAGGUCAUUGUCCGUGUUACGAGGCAAUGCAACCAGACAAAGGGGACGAUAAAGAAAGAUUACUUAUUUUCAUCAUUUAAAUUCAUUUAUCAGUAUAUCAUUUGUUUGUUCUUAAACACUGGAAAAAUCAUC